AUGGAACCUGCUCGUGGAGGCGAGGAAAGAUCGCUCACCUCCUUCGUACAUUCGAUAGGUUUAAGAAAGAGAAUGCGAUGGAUCCAAUCAGCAGGGAACUGGUUGCGAGUGCUUCGUACUGGCUAUCCAGCAGUUGCCGGGUCCAUUGCGGAGGCACGGGCAACGCGUCCGUACCGAAUGCGAGGCUGGCUCGGUGACGGCACCAGUUUCCGACCCAGUGCGUUUCGUUGUCGACAUUCUGAUAGCCGUUGCGCUACUCCAACAAACAUGAUGCUGACGCGAGUGUCUGGCACGCCGCCACCGGUCGACCUUCGGUACGUACGAGAUCACUUGGCGCAGGUCCAGGAGAAUAUCCAGCGGCGCGGAGUCGACGUCAACGCCACCCUUGUAGUGCAGCUGUAUGAGCGUUUCUGCGCGCUUACGGCGGAGGUGGAUCUAGUCCGAAAACAGCGCAACGAGGUGGCAGCCCGCAUGAAGAAUAUGCAGAAGCUCUCGCCUGAGGAGCGCUCCGAGUGUAUCGCACUUGGUAAGCAGUUGAAAGAGCGAGUGACUGCGCUUGAGGCUGAACUUGCCGAGACCGAGCAACAACUCUAUGCAGAAGCAGUACGGAUACCCAACCGGACCCAUCCUGAUGCUCCUGUAGGCGGCGAGGAUCAAGCCCGACUCUUGAGAAUGGCGGGCAAGCCUCGUGAUUUUACAGACUUUUCGCCGAAAGACCAUGUGGAGUUGGCGCAGCGACUUGAUAUAGUGGAUUUCGAGGCCGCCGCCAAAGUAGCUGGGGCGCGCUUCUAUUUUCUUCGCAAUGCAGGGGCAAUGCUCGAGCUGGCGUUGGUGAACUGGGCAAUGCAGCACCUUACCGGUAAGCACGGUUUCAUACCUCUGAUCGCACCCGACCUUGUGCGCGAGGAAACGGUUUGGGGUUGCGGAUUCCAGCCCCGCGGCGAAGCGUCUCAAGUAUAUUCGGUGGCAGAUACCUCGUUAUGCCUGGCGGGCACAGCGGAAAUACCGCUUGGGGGAUAUUAUGCGAACGAGAUACUCGACGAGACGCAGCUUCCGAUCAAGAUGGCAGCCGUCAGUCACUGUUUCCGUCGUGAAGCCGGUGCUGCCGGCACCGAGACGCGCGGUCUGUAUCGAGUCCAUCAAUUCACCAAAGUGGAAAUGUUCGUGCUUUCAAGACCAGAGGAAAGCGAUCGAGUUCAUCAGGAGCUUCGAUCUAUCGAGGAGGAGCUUUUCGAUGCACUUGGUCUCCAUUAUCGGGUGCUCGACAUGCCGACUCGGGAACUGGGAAACCCGGCCUAUCGCAAAUUUGAUAUUGAGGCCUGGAUGCCGGGUCGCAACGCCUUUGGCGAAAUCAGCAGUGCAAGCAACUGCACCGACUACCAGGCCCGGCGUCUGAAUAUCCGAUACAGAGAGCAGGUUUCGGAAAAACUGCGCUUCGUGCAUACACUCAACGCGACUGCCUGCGCAGUGCCUCGGAUGAUUGUGUCUAUUCUGGAAAACUUUCAGGAAAAAGACGGUUCGGUUACGAUUCCGCAAGUGCUUCGACCGUUUCUCGCUGGAUUGGAGCGCAUUCAAGUGCCGCCCGAACGGCACACUCCAUCCCGCAUCACAGAACCGGCUGGAGCCCAGCCAACACGUUGA